CAUGACCCAGAGGACGGACAAACUAAAACAACUCCUGAAUAUUGUAGGUAGCAAAUAUCUAUAGAAAAUAUGGUAGUGAAGGUGUUUGGCCCAACCUAUGCUUCCCCAAAACGGGUUAUGGUGUGUCUGAUUGAGAAGGGAAUUGAGUUUGAAACGGUACCUGUUGAUAUCUUCAAGGGGGAACACAAAGAUCCUGAGUUCCUCAAGUUGCAGCCUUUUGGAGCGCUUCCAGUUAUUCAAGAUGGUGAUUAUACUCUCUAUGAAUCUCGUGCAAUAAUCAGAUACUAUGCAGAAAAGUAUAAAUCCCAAGGGACUGACUUGUUGGGGAAAACAAUAGAAGAAAGGGGUCUUGUGGAACAAUGGCUUGAAGUUGAAGCACAUAGCUUUCACCCGCCAAUCCUCAACUUAGUUAUGAAUGUUCUGUUUGCCCCAUUAAUGGGUGUUCCUUCAGACCAAAAAGUGAUUGAAGAGAGUGAUGAAAAGCUUGGGAAGGUGCUGGAUAUUUAUGAGGAGAGGCUAUCAAAGACCAAGUACUUAGCAGGUGAUUUCUUCAGCCUUGCUGAUCUUAGCCAUCUCUCAUUUGGUCAUUAUUUGGUGAAUCAAACUGGAAGAGGGAAUAUGGUAAGAGAGAGGAAACAUGUGAGUGCUUGGUGGGAUGAUAUUAGUAGCAGACCAUCUUGGAAGAAGGUUCUACAGCUAUACAAAUACCCUGUCUAGCUGCUUAAUUAGUUCCACUUGUGCUUGACAUUCCAACCACCCCAAGAAGAGAUUUGCUUUGAGGGAAGUGCCUUAUGUGUUAUAUUUUACCUUGUUGAGAAUAAAAUAGAGUCCAUCUGCAUGAUAGGGAACUCUGGUUUGUUUUUGAAUUUGGUACUUUCAUCUUCUUGAAGAACAGCUUUGUAAAAUUUGUCAUAUAAGAUCUGCUAGUUAUAUUUUAAAUAUAUUGUUAGUUCAUUUUGAUUGAA